UGAAACAUAAUUUUUGUCAUUUAAACCGUUACGGGAUUUUUUUUUUUAGCGUAGAGUACCAUAAUUAAUAAGCCUGAUUUUAAAAAUACAAAUUUUAGUUCGACUGACAUUGUUUGCCUAAUAAAACAAUACUCGCCUACAUUCUUUCAUCAAAGGAACACUUUAAUUUUGCGGAAUCCCCCAUCGUACCGUACUCCACCGAGUUGUUUCAUUUUUGACGUCACAAAUGAUAGCGCGCGGCAAACGUUGGCCAGGCAAAAAUCUCUUGAAGUAACAGCUUGAACUGCUACUUCAUUUUAUCACUCCAAAUAUAUCGGUCAAAACUGACGAGACUUGUCUCAAACAACUAAAAUGUCGUUCAUUACGAUUCACUUUGGAGAAAACCAGAAAUUAUUUUUCAACCUCCUUUGUCCAACUGUCAUAUUGUAUAAAAACAUAAAACUAAGGUGUGGAUGCGAAGAAAAAGCUGUUAUAGAUAUCGCAGAUGAAAACGGUUGUCUAAAAACCAUUUAUGAAAGACCACCAGAUCAAUAUGCAUCUCAAUACCUUCAAGGGAGAGGGAACUUUGUAUUACUCAAAGUUUUAAGAAAGAUUGACAGUGCUAGUGGAAAGGAAGUUUCAUCAUUUGUGCCACUUUUGAAUAAUGUGGCAGAACUGUAUCCUGAUUUGAUGGCUAAAGUGCACAAUUACCAAAUCAACCCAGACGUAGGUCUUCCAGAAGAAAGCAUCAGUCAGAUACCUCCUCUGAAAAGUUCCCAACAGGCACGAUCCAAGGCUACUGCCAGAGGAGUACCAAGCAUGCCACCAAGAUCUCCAGCAAGCCGUGCAGGAUCAACUGGUGGUGCUGGGUUACCAAGUGUUACCAAAAUUAGGAGCUCUCUUAAAGUAUCAAAGUAGGCUUGCUAAAUCA